AUGAGGCAAAUGACUGGUCCUGUUUGCUUGUGCCACGGCGAACAAGUCGGUCUCUUUCUGAAAGGGACGGACCUUGCCAACUUGCACAUCACACAACAGUUGGACGCUUCCCUCUUUCUAACCCGUCUAGAGCCAAAAAUGCCCAGAGAACAGCCUCCUAUACCGGCUCGAGACAGUGGAGUGAGCUUCAACUCCAACCUUUCCAAACAGCGGUCCUACGCCUAUCUCAACCCGUCGGUCAAAACCGCCGCUUACACGUCUUCCACAGCCUCCAGGCACCUUUCCCACAGCUCUCUCAGCAGCCCAUCUCCGGUGACGCCUCCAAAACCAGCGUUUUCGGCCAACGAAACACAGCCCUUGCUCCCUUUACAGAACAAAAUUCCGCUCGAAAACCUCUCGGAAGACCAGCCUCUCGCAUACGGACAGCUUGUGGCACUUCUGUGGCCUGUUUAUGGCCAACACAGCUACUUGGAGGCCCGAAGUAGGUACUUGACGCAGUUCAACGAGGGCCCUCGACGAAAACUAGAGUGUGUGCCAGAGGAAGAAAGACCGCGGAAAGUCAGGAGAACCAAGUCGUUAUGGAGCAUAUUGUCACAAGAAGACAAGUGGAGGUAA